CCCUCCCGCCCAGGCGCCAGAGUCGCAGUGGGCGGGCCUACGUGCUCCGCCCGCCGUGCGCCUGUGCGUGAGUCCGGCCCCCGCCGCUCGCGAGCCACCCGCGAGCUCACACCGGUUUCUGUCUCCAUCCUCUGCUCGCGGGUCGCCAUCGCCGUCAUGCUGGGCGCCGCUCUCCGCCGCUGCGCUGUGGCCGCAACCGCCCGGGCCGGCCCUCGAGGCCUCCUGCACUCCGCCCCGACCCCCGGCCCCGCCGCGGCUAUCCAGUCAGUUCGCUGCUAUUCCCAUGGGUCAAGUGAGACAGAUGAGGAGUUUGAUGCUCGCUGGGUAACAUACUUCAACAAGCCAGAUAUAGAUGCCUGGGAAUUGCGUAAAGGGAUAAACACACUUGUUACCUAUGAUCUGGUUCCAGAGCCCAAAAUCAUUGAUGCUGCUUUGCGGGCAUGCAGACGGUUAAAUGAUUUUGCUAGUACAGUUCGCAUCCUAGAGGCUGUUAAGGACAAAGCAGGACCUCAUAAGGAAAUCUACCCAUAUGUCAUCCAGGAACUUAGACCAACUUUAAAUGAACUGGGAAUCUCCACUCCAGAGGAACUGGGCCUUGACAAAGUGUAAACCUGAUGGAUGGGCUUCCCAAGGAUUUAUUGAUAUUGCUACUUGAGUGUAAACAGUCACCUGGAAAUACUGAUGAUAACAUAUUACCUUAUUUGAACAAGUAUUCCUUUAUUGAGUACGAAGCCAUGUAAUGGUAACCUGUACUUUAAUAAAAGGGAAAUGAGUUUGAACUUAAAUUA